AUGGUUUUCACUCCUCCCGCAGCGUUGACGCCGAAGCUUCCAGAAAUCCCUGACCUCCCCCUCUGCGAUUUCAUAUUCGAUGAGCGUUAUGGCAGACAUCCGAUUGCAAAAUCACGGGACCCCUACGUUUGUGGUCUCACCGGCAAAUCAUUCAGUCUUACCGAACAAAAGGAUCGAGUUCAGUGUCUAGCAAGAGCACUGGCGCAGGAGAUGGGGUGGGAAGUCAACGGAGGAAGCGAGUCUGAUAAAGCGGUUUGUGUGUUUGCUCUCAACACUAUCGAUAUUAUGACCAUAAACUGGGCGAUUUUGAGACUGAAUGGCGUUUCCUCCCCGGCAAACGCAGUCUAUUCUGCAGAAGAGCUAAACUAUCAACUCACCAACAGCCACGCAAAAGCAAUUUUCACCGUCACGCCUCUCCUCCCUGUAGCUUUAGCAGCAGCCGCGAAAGCCGGUAUCCCCAGUACCAAGAUCUAUAUCUGCGAAAUGGCUGGACACGAACGAAUUCCCGAAGAGUUCAAAUCACUUACGCAACUGAUCCAAGCCGGUCAGAAACUACCAGAGUUGGAAGUAAUCCGGUGGAGUAGAGGUCAAGCCGCAAACCAAGCAGCAUUCCUAUGCUAUUCCAGCGGAACCUCCGGACUCCCCAAAGGCGUCAUCAUCUCACACCGAAAUGUCAUUGCAAACACCAUCCAAGUCUGCAUCUCCGAGCGAGAGCCUCGCCUGAAACUAGAUCCGAACUAUACGCAAGCCGUGCUCGCACUCUUACCCUUUUCUCACAUCUAUGGGCUGGUUAUCAUCGCCCAUUGCAGCACUUUUCGUGGAGACGCCGCGGUCGUGCUCCCAAAGUUUGACCUCCAGAAUUACCUCAAAAGCAUUUCCCGGUUUCGAAUCAACAGUCUUCUCGUGGUCCCUCCAAUCAUCAUAACAAUGGUGAAAAAUGAGAAGUUAAUGGGCACCUUCGAUCUCAGCAGUGUUCGUUACGUAUUCUCUGGCGCCGCUCCGCUGGGACAAGAGACGGCUCGAGAGCUGGCGAAACAGUAUCCAACGUGGACCAUCAGGCAAGGUUAUGGCUUGACUAAAACAUGUACUGCAAUCACCUCAAGCCAUCCUGAUGACAUAUGGUUUGGAAGUUCUGGAUGCGUUUUGGCUGGCGUUGAGGUGAAAGUCAUUGAUGCGGAAGGCAAUAAGGUGACUGGGUAUGAUCAACCCGGAGAGUUACUCGUGAAAAGUCCAAGUGUAGUCAUGGGCUAUUUGAAUAAUGACAAGGCGAAUAUCGAAACGUUUGUGAACUUGCCCGAAGGAAGAUUCAUGCGCACUGGCGACGAAGUUAUUAUCAGGAAGUCGCAGAAGGGGAAUGAACAUGUCUGGAUCUCGGAUCGGUUAAAGGAACUGAUCAAAGUUAAUGGUCUACAAGUUGCUCCUGCAGAGCUUGAGGCAUGUAUCCUUGAUCAUCCAGCAGUCGCCGACUGCGCUGUGAUCUCUAUUCCAGAUGAAAAAUCUGGGGAAGUCCCCAAAGCGUUCGUAGUCAAAUCAGUUUCUUCCAAGAACCAGAGUGAUAACACCACCCGAAAUGAUAUCUUGAAGCAUGUGGAGCAGCUAAAGUCAAAACAUAAAUGGCUGAGAGGCGGCGUUGAGUUCAUGGAGGCCAUCCCAAAGAGUCCCUCUGGGAAGAUCUUAAGGAGAGUCUUGAAAGAGCGGGAGAAGGCCGAGAGGAUGAAGAGUGGAGUCAAAUUGUGA